AUCACAUCAGUCAUUCAUUCAUUCAUCAAUGGAGGAAUCCAUGAUAAGCAAUGGAUGGAUCAACCUUCCCACAUUCGAGAAUUUCGACCAAUCGGAUCACGCCAUCCGGCAAUUCUGCCCGGCCCGUGUGGCGCAAGAAGAACAAGAAAACAAUUUCGAGAUCACAUGGCCGCGUUAUUUUGGAAGUGAAGCUCCUCAGCCACCACCCCAGUUCGAUAUAGACGAAAUCUUCGACACCUUCUUCAACGUCGAAUGCUACGAAAAAGACAAUAACGCCCUCAACUACUUCUCGCAAGAUCAAGAUCGUGAUCAAGAAGAAACAUUAAUAAACGAGCCCUUUUAUCAUCACUUUCAAUUAGAUGAAGAAGACGAUGAUCUGAUGAUCGAUGUUGAAGAGUUGGACCGAUCCGACGGUGCAGAUUGCUCGAUCACGAUCGGAGUCGAUCAAGGACUCCACUUGGUGCAUUUGCUACUAGCAUGCGCCGAGGCCAUAGGCUGCCGAGAUGGUAACUUAGCCAACUCAAUCCUAGCCCAAAUAUGGCCACGUGUCAGCGCUUUUGGAGAUUCCAUGCAGAGAGUUUCUCAUUGCUUUGCAGUGGGACUAAAAUCUAGGCUAUCUCUUCUGCAUAGUAUAAACCCUAAUGGAUCAUUCAAUACUACUAAUAAUAGGGCUAAUCUUGAUUUGCCCUUAAUCACUGAGGAAAAAAGUGAAGCUUUUUAUUUGCUUCACCAAACAACCCCUUAUAUUGCGUUCGGUUACGCGGCGGCAAACGAUGCUAUAUUUCGAGCGGCGAGUGGGAAAAGCUCGUUGCAUAUAGUAGACCUAGGAAUGGAGCAUAAUUUUCAAUGGCCUAUGCUUGUGAGAAAAUUGGCAUUUCGGAAAGAAGGCCCACCGAAAAUAAUCCGACUCACGGGUAUUGUAGGGCGUGAUAAUAAUAAUCAAAAACUGUUAUUGGAGCUUGAGUGUAGCUUAAAGAGCUUAUGCGAAGAAGCCGUCUCUCUUGGGACUUUCGUCGAAUACCAUUUGGUGCAUGAGCAAGUUUCUCCACUGUCGUUAACCAGAGAAAAACUCUACGCCGGAGAAGAAGAGGCGUUGUUUGUGAAUAGUAUAAUGCAUUUGCACAAACAUGUGGGGGAGAGUCGAGGGUCGUUGAAGAAUAUUCUUCAAGCCAUCAAGAAAUUGAAACCGACCUUGUUGACUGUCGUCGAGCAGGAUGCAAACCACAACGGGCCGUUCUUCCUCGGCAGAUUCUUGGAGUCGCUUCACUAUUAUUCGGCGGUUUUCGACUCACUCGAAGCCACGCUGCCGAGGAGUUGCGAGCGGAGGAGGAAGAUCGAGCGGGCCCACUUUGCGGAUGAGAUUCAGAAUGUUGUGGCGUACGAAGGGAGCGAUAGGUUCGAGCGGCACGAGAGGGCGGAUCAGUGGCGGCGGCAGCUCGGCCGCGGCGGGUUUCAGGUUGUGGGGUUGAAGUGUUUGGAUGAAGUGGAGGCGAUGGUGGCGGCGUGCGGCGGCAGUGGAUAUACGGUGGCUGGUGAAAAGGGGUGCCUUCAGCUUGGGUGGAAAGGGAGGCCUAUAAUGUUUGCAUCGGCGUGGCAAAUGCAUAAUUAGCAUUUAAAUAUUAAAUUAUUUCUGU